UUCUUCCGCAUUUCGAUGAACGGCUGCAACACGGGGGGACGGCGACGGAUCAUAACCGUGUUGAGAUUUUUUACGAUGAAUAGCGGGGACAAUAGUGUCACUACACUCAAAAGUCAAACGUUCAUUUUUCCAGUCAAGUACUGCCCCAAACCGAGUCAUUGCCUCAUUGAGUAUUUGAUCAGGACCGAGCGAUGGUACGACCAACGCAUCGAUUCGGCGGGACACGUCUCCCAACCGAACAACGAACGAAAUAAAUCCUAAAACUUUGACUGGUGCACCAUUUGCGGCACUGAGUUUUAGGGACGGAGACGGUAUUGGCUCUAAACGAGCAAACGAUAACGAUGGGUG